GUGUAGUUUGCUCUAGCUGGUUGUGGGCUAUUGGGUUUUGGGCAAAAGGACUUGGGUUGGUUGGCAAGGUUUGAACUCGUUACCUUUCCAACCCAUACAACCUCAAAUCCACUACAACAUCUUUGAUGUUGCAGUCAUGGCACUUGAGAGUGUUGGGGUUUGGUCUAGGGCAAGGGUUGGUGGUGUUUGACAAUCACAUACUGCAACUUUUCCAGAUCGAACUGCUUCGCUUCUCGUUUUUACUAGGUGAUUCAUGGCUGCCUAGCCAAAUUACCAGAAUACCCCCUCACACUGAUUUCGUCAUAAUCGGCGGCUCAGAUCUUGGUUAUGAACGUGCUUUACCAUUCUGGAAAGUAGAGAUUAAGACCUUUCCAACGCGUAUAAGCUCAUUUCUUGAAGUUACCUGAGCAGCACGCAAUGAUUCGUUGAGGUCGUCAGACUUAAUCUCUAAUUAGUUCUCUCCAGAUUUGCACGAUUUCCAUCAGUGGUAUCAGAGCCACGGUUAGAGGACGUUCUUUCCUCCAUUGGAAGAGAUCUAGAGAGGCUUGAAGUGCUCCAGAUCUAGGGUUUGACAUGGCCCAAAAGUUGGAUGGCCCUCCUAGGUUUACCGGCUCGGACUUUUCGCUAUGGAGGUUCCAGUUCACACUAUGGCUAGGUAUUAAGGACCUAGAAAGUGUGUUGGAUGGAUCGGAGAAGCGACCACGAGCUGACUCUGGGGAGGCGUCUACUGGAGCAACCAGCCAAGUGGGAUCCGGGGCUGGGGGAGCAUCGUUGAGUGGGGGGAAUGAAGGAGGAACCGCUGCAACUCGAACCGGAAGGUCGCAACCAAGUCGCGAGGAGUUGCUCAAAGCUCAAGAAGCAUGGGAUCGGAAGGAUCGCCAGGCAUUUCAGUACCUGUGUUGGGCUUUGGAGGGGCAACUUGAGCUUCUUAAGAUGCUGAUUGACCUGAAGGGGAAGGAAGGUGCAGCAGCUGCAGCUUGGAAAAGAGUGCAAGAUAGGCACUUGCAGAAAGGGCUUCUAAGCGUGCUUACUUGGCGGAAGCGGUUUUACACCAUGGAGCGGAACUAUGGGGAGGGGGAGACCAUGGUUCAGUAUCUCCAGAGGGUGGAUGAGAAUGUGAGGGCUUUGGAGGAGCUGGAUUACACGGUAGAUGAGAAGGAGAUCAUCUAUACUGCACUCCAAGGGUUGGAUCAAGCGGCUAAUGAGGCAUUACUACAGUACCUUCACCUCGAGCAACAGAAAUGGACCAAGGUGUGGAUUUGGGAGGUUCUAAUUUCUGAUGAGGCUCGCAAGGUUGAUGCUGGAAGAGGCCUAGAAGGAGGCAUGGGUGCAGCAGAUAAAGCUUCCUUCAGGAAAGGCUAUCAACAGCAAGGAGGUGGGGGGAAGAAGAAAGAGUUGGACAAAUGCCUUGUGCCCGGAUGUAACAAAAAACACUCUUGGAAGAGUUGCUGGAGUAGGCCUGAGGGAUGGAAGCCUCACGGCUACUCUGGAGAGGCCCCACCAGUGACCAAACCUGAUUGGGUGGAGAUAAGGAUGAGAAGGGGAAGCAGCAACUGCUGGAGUGUGUGAAGAAGGGGGAGCUGAAGGGGGUGGAGGUCAAGGAAGGAGCUGGGCAGCAGAGCAAAUGUCCCGACUGCACGUCUGGAAAGCUGCCUAGAACCUCAUUCCCUAUCUCCUCUGAUCAUGCCUCGACUCCCCUUGAGCUGGUGCACACGGAUGUGUGUGGACCGAUGCAAACUCCUGACCGGGCAAGGGGCAGCAGGUACUUUGUCACCUUUCUUGAUGACUUCAGUCGACUUAGCUGGGUCACCUUGGUGAAGACCAAGGAUGAGGUGGCAAAGGUGUUUAAGCGGUGGAUACGCUAUGUGGAGAGGGAAUCAGGGGCCAAGGUAAAGGUGUUAAGGUCAGAUCGGGGUGGAGAGUACCUUGGGAAAGAACUUCAAACCUUCUUGGAAGAAAAGGGUAUUUCCCACCAGCUCUCUGUACCUUACACGCCGCAGCAAAAUGGGGCAGCGGAGCGGCUUAACAGGACCUUGACCGAUUUGGCUCGGGCCAUCCUUUCCCAUGCCGAGCUUGAUAACACUUGGUGGGGGGCAGCAGUGCAGUAUGCCAACUGGGUGAAGAACAGGAUGGGCAGCAAGGGGCUUGGAGGCAAGAGCCCAUACUCCUUAUGGACAGGGAAGGUGCCGAAUGUUUCCAUGGCACGAGUGUGGGGGUGCAUGGCACAGUAUAAGGUACCUGACCAGCAAAGAAGGAAGCUAGAUCCUAAGGCACAGUGGGGGAUCUUCCUUGGGGUUUCUGAGAGGAGCAAGGCUUGGGUGCUGUGGAGUGUAGCUGACCAGCGUGUGAUGGAGAGCCGUGAUGUGGUUUUCCAUGAGGGGCUGAAUUUUAAGGGGUGGAAGGAGCAUGGUACAAGCCAAAGUGGGACUUCCAUUCAAGACCCUCAUACGGCUUCUAUCUUUGAGGGGGCAUGGGAGGACCCUGGAGAUGAAGGGGAGGAGCAGCAGGAGGAGCCAGAACCAGCUGAUCCUAACCAUGAGGAGUCCCGAGAGACAGAUUCUACCCCUCAGCCAGCCACGCAGGCCGAUGCGCGUGAUGAUCAGCCGGAGCAGCAUGUGCCUUCAACUCCAUCGAGAAGCAGUUGGCAGCAGUUGUUGGACCAGCAGCUGUCCAAGACUCCGAGGACUCCAAUGAAGAGGGUGACUUGGGAGGAGAAGCUGCGGAGGCUGGAAGAAGGAGAGGCAACACCUCUGCGACGCAGUGCUCGAAUUUCCCAGCCACCUGAAAGGUUUACCCCGGGGCACAUUGCACGCAUGCAUGAUCAUCUUGUGUCUGAUUUGGAUGAUUGCAUGCUUGUGGACAUGCAUGGGCAUGAGUAUGCUCUUGAUGUGUGUCUCAUGGGUCAGGUGCAUGAGCCUAGGUCAGUCCACGAGGCGCUGAACCGUCCAGAAUGGGUUGAGUCCAUGCAUGAGGAGCUUGAGUCUCACAAGGUAAAUGGAUCAUUUGAGCUGGUUGAUCCAGCAGUGGUACCACCUGGUUUGGAGGUCCUCAGGUGUCAAUGGGUUUGGAAAUACAAGCAUAACCCUGAUGGUACUGUUGAGAGGCCUAAGUCCAGAUUGGUGGUGAUGGGAAACACGCAGAAAUUGGGAGUACACUAUGAAGAAGUGUACUCUCCAGUUGGGAAGCAUGCGACCUUGAGAGGUAUGCUUGGAAUUUCAGCUGCUUUGGGGCUUGAUAUCCAUCAUAUGGAUGUCAAGACAGCCUUCCUCCAUGGGGAUUUGGAGGAAGAGCUUUACAUGCGGCAGCCCCCUGGUUUUGAUGAUGGGUCUCACCGAGUGUGUCGCCUCAAAAAGUCCAUUUAUGGGCUAAAGCAAGCCCCACGACAGUGGUACCUAAAAUUUGAUGAGGCUCUCAUGGAUUUUGGGUUUGAGAGAUCUGAGUGUGACCCUGCCUUGUACCACUUUGUGAGAGAUGAGGAGCGGAUCUCCUUAUUCCUCUAUGUGGAUGACCUUUUGCUCCUAUGCUCUAGCAAGGCUUUGCUAGAUCGAGUGAAAGAGUUCUUGUCCUCGCGUUUUCGCAUGAAGGACUUGGGGGAGGUGAAGUACUACUUGGGAAUGCAAAUUGAACGUGAUGAGAGUGGUAUCUUGAUUCAUCAAGAGAGGUACAUUCUUAACAUGCUUCAGUCCUUUGGUCUCUCAGAGGCCAACCCCGUGCGUACUCCUCUCCCAACAGGCUUUGAUGUGCAUGCCUAUGAGGAUGAACCCUUGCUGCGAGAUGAGCUGGUCAAGCUCUACCAAAGCAUUGUGGGAUCCCUCAUGUAUGCUUGUACUACCACACAGCCACAGAUUGCCUUUGCAGUCUCACAGCUAUCUAAGGUCGCCUCUUGUCCUAAAAUGUUUCACUUGCAGGCCGCUAAGAGAGUGCUGAGGUACCUGAAAGGUGGUGUCAAGUCAGGUAUCUUCUUCCAAACACAGCCCCAGUCUCAGGUCCAGCUAGUUGGCUUCAGUGAUGCUGACUAUGCUGGAGAUUCCGCAAGUCGCAGGAGCCACAGUGGGUAUGUGUUCUGUCUGAAUGGGGCAGCUAUCUCUUGGCAGAGCAAGAGGCAGCCCGUGGUAGCACUCUCUACCACUGAGAGUGAGUAUAUAAGUCUGUGUCAGUGCAUUCAGGAGGGUGUCUGGCUGAGGCGUUUGUUUGGGGAGUUUGGUCAUGAUCAUGCUGGUGGUGUGCCUGUGUUUGUGGAUAAUCAGUCUGCCAUUGCCCUUGCACAGAAUGCAUGCUUGCAUGGCCGCACCAAACACAUGCAGGUCCGGUGGCAUUUCAUUCGGGAGAUGGUAGCUGCGGGUGAGGUGAUUUUGCAGUGGUGCCCUACCAACCGUCAGGCUGCUGAUAUUCUUACCAAGUCUCUUCCAUUUGAGUGCCAUGGUGUGUGCAUGACCUUGCUCGGGAUGCAGCCCCAUGAUGACAGGGUUCCCGCAGCAGAUGCCGGCGUCUUGGUGCUCCUCUCCUUGGCGGACUCCAUGCUCUGGGUGGCCCCAACCCAUGAGCAAGGGGGAGUGGUGUGAAGUCUUUUGCCCUAUGGUGUUGAGCCACACCCAGCACGAGCAAGGGGGAGUGAUAAAUGUGUAGUAUUCUGUGGUGUAGUUUGCUCUAGCUGGUUGUGGGCUAUUGGGUUUUGGGCAAAAGGACUUGGGUUGGUUGGCAAGGUUUGAACUCGUUACCUUUCCAACCCAUACAACCUCAAAUCCACUACAACAUCUUUGAUGUUGCAAUCAUGGCACUUGAGAGUGUUGGGGUUUGGUCUAGGGCAAGGGUUGGUGGUGUUUGACAAUCACAUACUGCAACUUUUCCAGAUCGAACUGCUUCGCUUCUCGUUUUUACUAGGUGAUUCAUGGCUGCCUAGCCAAAUUACCAGAAUACCCCCUCACACUGAUUUCGUCAUAAUCAGCGGCUCAGAUCUUGGUUAUGAACGUGCUUUACCAUUCUGGAAAGUAGAGAUUAAGACCUUUCCAACGCGUAUAAGCUCAUUUCUUGAAGUUACCUGAGCAGCACGCAAUGAUUCGUUGAGGUCGUCAGACUUAAUCUCUAAUUAGUUCUCUCCA